GAUUAUAUCAUGGUUAUGGAAUAUAUAAGAGGUGGUAGCAUGAGACAGUUUUUGGAUAGGAUUAGAUUUAGCUUUAGGAAUAAAUUUAGUCAGUUAUAUAGCAUCGCAGAUGGAUUACGAGUAAUUCACAAAAAAGGACUGCUUCACCGAGACUUUCAUUCAGGAAAUAUCUUAAACGGCGGAAGUUUUGGGUGUUGUUAUAUUGCUGACUUAGGUUUGUGCCGGCCAGCUGAUGAAACUAGUCAAGAAAAAAUCUUUGGUGUAAUGCCUUAUAUGGCUCCGGAAGUUUUAUUAGGAAAAACUUAUAUCCAGGCUAGUGAUGUUUAUUCGUUUGGAAUUGUGGCUUAUGAAUUGCUGUCGGCAGAAGAGACAGAGAACCAAGAAUCAUUAAACGAGAGUUCUUGUCAAAUUCAUUCUCGGGCUGUUUAUCAUAGUAGACUUUUGCCAACUAAAGAAAUUACCAAUUUAUUAAGCGAGCAGUUUUCUCGAUCCUUGCAAAUUGAUUUCUCAGAAAGUAGCCAGGUUUCUACUGAGCAAACUGCCCAAACCCUCCAACCCACUAACCAGCCUUACGGCACUCCGGGAACAAACAAAUAA